CGCCCAGUGUAGGACCAGAGCAGGUCUUCAAAGCAGUGGGACCUGGCGUCUUUAGGAGCCCUUUGCUAGUGAAGAACCGGAAGACCCAGGAGGCUCAUGACUUAUUCAAGAACAGGUGCCUGCUGAAAAACCACCAUGUCUGGGAAUUAUUCCUCUUCCUCAGAACCAAGCAACAACAGCAGUAAACCCAAACCCCCAAAUCUUCGAUCAGAGAAGAAAUGUUCAUGGGCCUCCUAUAUGACCAACUCUCCAACUCUCAUUGUCAUGAUUGGCUUGCCAGCCCGGGGUAAAACCUAUGUGUCUAAGAAACUAACACGCUACCUCAACUGGAUUGGGGUGCCCACCAAAGUGUUUAAUCUUGGAGUGUAUCGUCGGGAAGCAGUCAAGUCCUAUAAAUCGUAUGAUUUCUUUCGGCAUGACAAUGAGGAGGCCAUGAAGAUCCGCAAACAGUGUGCACUGGUGGCCCUGAAGGAUGUGAAGGCCUAUCUCACCGAGGAGAAUGGACAGAUUGCGGUGUUUGAUGCCACCAAUACCACCCGAGAGAGGAGGGACCUGAUUUUGAACUUCGCUGAGGAGAAUUCCUUCAAGGUGUUCUUCGUGGAAUCUGUCUGCGAUGAUCCUGAUGUCAUUGCUGCCAAUAUACUGGAGGUAAAGGUGUCCAGCCCCGACUACCCUGAAAGGAACAGGGAGAAUGUGAUGGAGGACUUCCUCAAGAGAAUCGAGUGCUACAAAGUCACCUACCGGCCCCUUGACCCGGACAAUUAUGACAAGGAUCUUUCUUUCAUCAAGGUAAUGAAUGUGGGCCAGCGAUUUUUAGUCAACAGAGUCCAGGACUACAUCCAGAGCAAGAUUGUCUACUACCUCAUGAAUAUCCAUGUCCAUCCGCGUACCAUCUACCUUUGCCGACAUGGAGAGAGUGAAUUCAAUCUCUUAGGGAAGAUUGGGGGUGACUCUGGCCUCUCAGUACGGGGAAAGCAGUUUUCCCAGGCCCUAAAGAAGUUUCUGGAGGAACAGGAGAUACAAGACCUCAAAGUGUGGACCAGCCAGUUGAAGAGGACUAUCCAGACUGCUGAAUCUCUUGGGGUGACUUAUGAGCAGUGGAAGAUUCUGAACGAGAUUGAUGCUGGCGUGUGCGAGGAGAUGACGUAUGCGGAGAUUGAGAAGCAGUACCCAGAGGAGUUUGCACUCCGAGAUCAAGAGAAGUACCUGUAUCGAUAUCCCGGUGGAGAGUCAUACCAGGACCUGGUACAGCGGCUGGAGCCUGUCAUCAUGGAGCUGGAACGGCAGGGCAAUGUCCUUGUCAUCUCCCAUCAAGCUGUCAUGCGCUGCCUCCUGGCCUACUUCUUGGAUAAGGGCGCAGAUGAGCUACCAUACUUGAAGUGUCCGCUCCAUACCAUCUUCAAACUUACUCCUGUGGCCUAUGGGUGCAAAGUAGAAACCAUUACCCUCAAUGUGGAGGCUGUGAACACACACCGUGACAAGCCAACCAACAACCUCCCCAAGAACCAAACCCCUGUAAGGAUGAGAAGGAACAGCUUUACGCCUCUGUCCAGUUCGAAUACAAUCAGGCGUCCAAGAAAUUACAGUGUUGGGAGCCGGCCCCUCAAGCCCCUCAGCCCUCUUCGUGCCCUGGACUUGCAAGAAGGGGCCGACCAGCCGAAGACCCAAGUCAGCAUUCCGGUGGUGUAACCGGGGUGAACACUCCGCAGAAUAUGCAAACAUCGGUCUCUGUGGCAUCCCUCACAUUACAACCUUGACCAGAUUGCUCCGAGAAAGCCAUCUACUGAAAAGCUUGGGAAGUCAGCACCACCAAAGGCUAGAACAGGACAUUGAGUGGAGUCUGGGGCCUGGAGAAACAUCUCAUUUUUACCCCUCAUGCCUAUUGUGGGGAUAUCAGCUAUACUGUGCCUCAAAACGUUUAACAGCCUCAAUCGAUUGUUGUCUCUUUGCUAGGUUUCACCCAGGUUUGCAAAUGUCAUUCUGUUUAAGAAUUGGCUGGGCACUGGUGGCUCAUGCCUGUAAUCCUAGCUACUCGGGAGGCUGAGACCUGAGGAUCAUGGCCAGCCUGAGCUGAAAAGUCCCUGUGAGACUCUAAUCUUCAAUUAACC